GGUCCUUUUCUUCAUUGCUCUUCUCUCUGUUCCAGAGCUGCCAGACUGGGGUAACUCAAUGGAUUGCAGCAUGCAGUGGAUUAUUACAGUCAACCGCAGUCCAAGGCCAGUGUAGGAGGAUGCUCUGUGGUAUUUCCCAGAGACACAAGGCUGGCCAGUUCCUGCUGUCUAAAUCCUGUGGUGGAUUGAUUCAAGCCAAUGGAGCCAUUGCACAGCAACACAGAUCAUUUUGCAAUACAAAUAAGCUUCUUUCUGCAAAAGAUUCCCUGCAGCCAUCUGAAGAGAAAGUGGGUGCUUUCACAAGGAUAAUAGAAGCAAUGGGUUUCACAGGACCACUAAAGUAUAGCAGAUGGAAAAUUAAGGUAGCAGCUUUGCGCAUGUACACGUGCUGUGUGGAGAAAACUGACUACGAGGAAUUUUUUAACAGGUGCCAAAUGCCAGAUACUUUGAAUUCAUGGUUUCUAGUAGCCCAGCUUCAUGUCUGGAUGUGUCUGGUACGAAUGAAGCAGGAGGGUCGCACAGGAAAAUACAUGUGUCGCUAUAUAGUGCACUGCAUGUGGGAGGAUGUUGAACAGCGUGGUAAGGUGAUGGGGGUUAAUUCUGUUGUUCUAAAGCAAGAUUUGAGAAGUAUGGUAGAAAAUUUCUAUGGAGCUCUAUUUGGAUACGAUGAGGGAAUCUUAUCUGAUGAUCGUGCUCUGGCAGCAGCUCUUUGGAGAAACCUUUUUAACAGGAAUUGUGAGGACCCUCGGCAUCUGGAGUUACUGGUGGAAUACGUGCGCAAACAGGUGCAGCACCUGGACGCGCUGAGCGGGGAGGACCUGCUGCUGACGGGCGAGGUGAGCUGGCGGCCGCUGGUGGAGAGCAAUGCCCGCAGCAUCCUCAAGCCCCUGUCCCCUGUUUACAACGACGAAGGACUCUGA